CGUUUAUCUGUCAGCCAAUCAUCACUCUUUAUCCCACAAUGCACUGCGUCACAAACUGCAAGCGCGAAUUAUCCCAAGCCACACUUUCCUUUUGUUCGAUAUUGGACGGUUUAAAAACCCCUUUGUCACAUAAAGGCAACCUUGGAACUGAAGGCGGCCAGUAAUGACAACAAGCAACACUACGGUUCUUAAAGAUGUCGUUGCCUAUGUGGAUGUGUGGUCAUCUGACAAGAGAGCCAACUAUUCGAAACCGUUUAUUCAGCAGCUACUGGAAAUGGGUGCUCAGGUAUCAAAAACAUUCAAUAAACAAGUCACCCAUGUUGUAUUUCACAACGGUCAUCCUGCGACAUGGAGGAAAGCCAAGAAAAGUCAUGUGAAGCUUGUCUCUGUUCUUUGGAUAGACAGAUGUCAUGAAGAAGGAGUGCAUGGGGAUGAAGAGUUGUAUCCAGCCUCAAAUGAUGAAAGUAAUCCAGUAUUAAGAAACAAGAAACACCGUUGCAUGCAGCCUAGAGACUGUCCACAGAGGACGCCAGAAAAUGACAGACGCAUGAAGAAGAAGUUAGAUAAGUUGAUGAAGGACAUGGCUCCCAAGCAACCAAUGUUCACAGAUGUGUCACCUAUUUUUAUUGAUGAAGACAGUGGAAUUGUGUACAGCCCUGCGUGUAAAAGGGCCGAUUACAUGGCAGAGCGGUUAAAAGACAUGAAAGAGAAACAUGCAAAUAUCUCACCCACUGCCUCACAAUUGAUUGAAUCCUCUUCCCCCUCUGGGCCAAAGCCCUUGCUUGGGAACUCACCAACUGUCUUCAAAUUUUUGUAUGAUAAUUCAGACGACGAUUCCAGUGCCUCUGUUGCUGAGCUCAGCCACUCUGCUGAUAAGGAAAAUGCCUGUAAAGAAAGUGACACAACUGAGCAUACCCAACAUGACAAGUACCUUACCAAAGAAUUUGAAAAGUCUUGGCUGUCACCAUGCCCUUUGAAAUGUCCGGACUUUGAGACAAGUGAGGAAGAAGGUACCAUACAAACAAAACCAAUAAGGUCUUCAAUUGGGGAAAAAACAACAGAGAAAGCCAAGUCUGUGGGUGUAAUACAAAGUGAUGUGAAGGAGGUGACAUCUGCUGAUGGCAAAGGGACUGGCAAAGAAAAGCGUAAGUCACGCACAGAAUCCUGCAGUCCUGUUGGUAAACCACUGGAACAGUCAGCCGACCAAUCUGAAAAGGGAAGGCGAAGUAUUCAAGCAACAAAGACCAUGGUAGGGACAAAGACUUCUAACUCUCCAUUUCAGAAAAAGCGAACAAGACGCAAACCCUCUCUUUCUGCGCUUGCACAUUUGUUUAGUCCGUCCAGCGACUCUCAAAAUGUUUCUUCCAUUUCCGAUGAUGUGGGGGAUGAUAUGUUCGAGGACUUCUUCUCCAGGCCUAAUGACCACAAAAUACCCAAGAAGCCUCUUUUGCCUGGUCUGCAUGAAAUGAGAGAUCUCCACAUUCCCUUUAGGAUGGACUCUGUCCCAAAGAAAAGAAAACAAAGGAGAAGCGAUAAUGCUGAAACAGCAACCAACAACUCUAAGAAGAAGAGAGUGGAGAAAAGUGGGGACAAGUGCCGUCGUCAACAGUCUGUUGCAAAAACAGAGCAUAAAAGUCCUCCACAACAAAAUUUCAAGGAGUCCCUGCCUGCAUUGGAUCCUCCAAAUGCCACACUAACACUGAUUGCUAAAAGCAAACGGCAAAGCUCUUUACCAUUUGUUAAAUCCAGUGGAAGUGCAGCAAAACCGGUAUCUGCCUCUGUUCGGUCACCAAAGACAACAAAUGGGGCGACGUCCUUGGAGCUGCGAAAUCACACUGUUUGUCAUUUAUCUCACACUUUUCAAAGCAAAGGAAGUGAACAAAAAUCUGCAGCUGCUCUAACUGAGCUCCCAAUUGAAGGCCGGGAGAAUCAGAAUAAGCACACCGACACAAGUGAGAAAAUCAACAAAGCAAAGUCAUUUAGAACACUGGUCAUGACAAGCAUGCCUACUGACAAGCAGCAGACGGUGGUUCAAGUUGUGAAAACACUGGGUGGCUUUUCCAUCACCAAUCGAGUUUGCCAGAGCACAACUCACGUGGUUUCUGGGGAACACAGGCGGACUAUCAAUGUUUUGUUGGGCAUUGCUCGUGGCUGCUGGAUCAUCUCUUUUGAAUGGAUUCUGUGGAGUUUGGAGCAAAGGCAAUGGCUUCCAGAGGAACCAUUUGAACUUUCAGAGCUGUUUCCGGCAGCACCGAUCUGCCGUCUCCAGAGGCAUUUAUCUACCGGUAGGUACCAGCAGGACCUGUUCCAGGACCAACCGUCCAUGUUUGUGUCCCAGCGUUCCCAGCCGCCUGCAACCAGUCUGGUAGAGUUGAUUCAGCUCUGUGGGGGGAAAGUGUGUAAAGUUCUGCGUCAGGCAGGAAUCUGCAUAGGAAAAUACAGUGGCAGGAGACCAGGGGGCACCAGGAUCCUGUCUGAGCAGUGGGUGCUUGACAGCAUCACACAUCUGAAGCAACUUUCGUAUGACAGCUACAACUUGGAGUAAAGACUACUAAAUACUGUAAUGCAGUGUUUCUGCUCACAAGGGUUCUUAUCUUUCUUUGGAAUUGUGUACAGAGACUAAACAUACAUUCUCUGAAAGAUUCACCCCUCAGUGACUUUAUGUUGCUGGUUACACACAGAAAACAAUACAGUCUCAGUACUUUUAACCUUUGAUCUGUCAGUUUUUUUUAACGUGAUAUGAGAAGGCAGAUUCCCUGACCUAAAAGCAAAUGUUAUUUUUAAAAUGCGUGCUGAGCCAGUUCACUCAACUGCAGAUCACCUACUUUGACCCUUAUAAUUGAGUUGAGUUGAGUUUGAGUUUAUUUCGAACAUGCAAGCAUACAACAUGAUACAUCACAAUUUCCAGUUUCUCUUUUCAACAUGUUCGAAAAGGAGUAGGAAGAAGCAGAGCUUAUUUAAUCCUACCCCUUUUCUUUACAUAACAGUUGCAAAACUUUUUGUUCACUUCCUGUUCACAAUUUUUUCACAAUAAACUCCAUAAGUAAUCACAAUAAAAAUAAAUAAAUAAAUAAUAGUAAGAAUUUAAUAAUAAUAAUUGGUGAAGUAAGUCAUAUUUCAUAUGAUGGGAUAAGUAAGAUUACUUUAAGAAUAAAUUGAGAAUGUUUGUCAUGGUUCUUCUUCUUUGUACUUUGUAAACACUUUAAGUUUGAAGAGUUUCUUGAAGUGUAUCAUAUUAGUACAUUGUUUGAUUGCUUUGCUUAAUCCAUUCCAUAAUUUAAUUUGAUAUACUGAAGGUCUUAAGUGUUGUACGUGCAAACAAAUGUUUUAAAUUACGUUUUUCUCUUGAUUAUAUUUCUCCUCUUUUUUUGAGAAGAAUUGUUGUAUAUUAUAAUGUCAUUGUUAAUAGUAUUUCAAAUAGUACAUGUUUUCUUAUUUUCCUGUCACAAUGUUAUUUAAAACUAUUUUCUUUUGUGAAGAUGGUACAAGUUACUAGUAAUCAUAACACAUGGGACUGUUUGGUUGUAGUUGCAACUACUGCAUUAGAAAAUAGUGCAUCUACUGUACUUGAGUGAUGAAUGAAUAAUGU